GUCGCUGGCUGGAACCUGUUGCUCAGUAGUUCCGCGUUGUGCAAUGGACGGCAGUGUCCACCACGAUAUAACAGUUGGUACUAAGAGAGGAUCUGACGAGCUUUUCUCCAGUGUUUCCAACGGCCCAUAUAUCAUGAGCACCACAGCCAAUGGCAACGACAGCAAGAAGUUCAAAGGUGACAUAAGAGGGCCCAGCCUGCCGUCCCGGGUCAUCCACAUCCGCAAACUUCCCUGCGACAUCACAGAGGCCGAGGUGAUCAGCCUCGGUCUGCCGUUUGGAGACGUCACCAACCUGCUGAUGCUCAAAGCCAAAAACCAGGCUUUUUUAGAGAUGAACUCGGAGGAAACGGCUCAGAACAUGGUGGGUUAUUACUCCACAGUGAUGCCCGUUAUCAGACACCAACCCGUCUACGUUCAGUUCUCCAACCACAAGGAGUUAAAAACUGACAACUCCCCCAACCAGGAGAGGGCCCAGGCAGCCCUCCGGGCCCUCAGCUCCUCUCACGUGGACACGCCGUUGGCUGCUCCGAGUACAGUGCUGAGGGUGGUGGUGGAGAACCUGCUCUACCCGGUCACCUUGGAUGCUCUCUGUCAGAUCUUUUCAAAGUUCGGCACGGUGCUGAGGAUCAUCAUCUUCACCAAGAACAAUCAGUUCCAGGCUCUGCUGCAGUAUUCAGAAGGAGCGUCGGCCCAGGCGGCCAAACUGUCUUUAGAUGGACAGAACAUCUACAACGGCUGCUGCACCCUGAGGAUCAGCUUCUCCAAGCUCACCAGCCUCAACGUCAAAUAUAACAACGAGAAGAGCCGAGACUUCACCAGACCAGACCUGCCCUCCGGAGACAGCCAGCCCUCCAUGGAGCACCAGGCCAUGGCUACAGCCUUCACUCCAGGUAUCAUCUCAGCUGCACCUUAUGCCGGAAUGACUCACGCCUUCCCACCUGCGUUCGCCCUUCAGCCAGCAGUGUCCUCCCCAUACCCAGGACUGACGGUCCCCGCUCUGCCUGGAGCCCUGGCCUCUUUGACCCUCCCUGCCGCCGCCAGGUUGGGGUUUACCACCAUCCCUGCUGGACACUCAGUCCUGCUGGUCAGCAACCUGAACCCCGAGAGAGUUACGCCCCACUGCCUCUUUAUUCUCUUCGGUGUUUACGGAGACGUGAUGAGAGUGAAGAUUCUCUUCAACAAGAAGGAAAACGCUCUGGUCCAGAUGAGUGACAGCACUCAGGCUCAGCUAGCCAUGAGUCACCUGAACAGCCAGCGGCUGCACGGGAAGCCCCUCCGGAUCACGUUGUCCAAACACACCAGCGUCCAGCUGCCCCGCGAAGGCCACGAGGACCAGGGUCUGACCAAAGACUACAGCAACUCCCCCCUACACCGCUUCAAGAAGCCCGGCUCCAAGAACUACUCCAACAUCUUUCCGCCUUCGGCCACUCUGCACCUCUCCAACAUCCCUCCCUCUGUGGUCGAAGAUGAUCUGAAGAGGCUGUUCUCCAGCUCGGGAGCCGUAGUCAAAGCCUUCAAGUUCUUCCAGAAGGACCACAAGAUGGCUCUGAUCCAGAUGGGCUCCGUGGAAGAGGCCAUAGAAUGUCUCAUCCAGUUCCACAACCACGACUUGGGAGAAAACCACCACCUGCGGGUCUCGUUCUCCAAGUCCUCCAUCUGAGCCUUGGUUUCUACGAUCCAAGACCUCCUCGCUCCGCAGGGAGCCGACCCGGCGGGGCCCACUACACUCCAGUCAUUCCAUUCUGCAGAACCCACCGUGAAGUCUGCUGUGAUUUUAAGUUAUUAUUAUUAAAAUGUUCUUUCUGAGGACUAGGGAUUCCCCAGAAAACGUUGAACCUCUGAAGCUUUUAAUCUGUAAAAUCUGAGACUAGAGGGCGGAUUCUGUGUUUCCAGGCAGAAUUGUAAUGUCCUUGUUGUGAAGUUGGACCUUUUUAGCCUCGUUUGCCUUUCGACUUUAGCGCCUUGAAAGAGGGACGCAAAGUCAGCCUUUUAAAAUUUAAUCUCCGACUUUAAAUUCUGACUCAGAACGACCACUUUAAUCUCAGAUUUCUGGUUUUCGAGCGUCCCUGAUCCUUUACUGUAGCUCUCCCCUGACAAACCCCGAGUCCUGCGUGUACCUGCGGAGCUGCGACUGCGAUCGGGACGUCGGCCAGAGGAUCCCUGUGCCUUAUUCCUUUAACACACGUGAAUCAAAGCUUCUGUGAAUUGGCGAGAGCAGGUUUACAGUUUGAAAGGUUUACUGUUGAGCUGGAUUACAGAUAAUCCAUAUUUCCUCGGUGUUGUCAGUGCUUUGUUAGUGUUUUGUAAUGCUGGUUACUGUAGCGUCAAACAUGUGAACUGAUUGUGUUUAGCAGGUUUGUUGGGUCUUUACUCUUAGUUUAAUCCUUUUACUUAUUGACUUCUUUAUUUCCACGUAUGCAAUCAUUUUUUAAUCAUAUAUUGUAGCAAUAUUUUAACCAUUCCUGACUUUCUUUUGACUGUGUUCUUUAUUUUUGUGGUGUCUUGGUGAGCUCGGCUUGUUUUGCUGCCUUCUACGAUCCGAAGAUGAAUGUUUUUGUGAGUUUUGUCCCGUCAGUCGCGUUUCCUCUCGGAAAAGAAAAGGUUUUAUUUAUACGUUCGUUGAUCCACUACAGCUAAAACCAAAAACGGCCUUCUAGAUGAUGCAAACAAUUCCACCCGCCUCAGGGUUCUGGUGUCAAACUGGUUCAGGCUUUUCUGUUUUCCUGUGAGAAUGUUUUUCUGAACGUCUUGACCGUUUCACUGGAUUCAGUCCACCUUAUUGCAACACGAGACAAAAUGACGCGGAGUGUCUUGAACGCAGCGCUGAGUCGUGCAUCAGGCAGUCGUUCCGCUUCGGUCUGAGCAGCACUUGGAGACCAACUGAAGAUGCUGGUUUGAUUUUAUUUCCUUAUUUUUAAUGUCAACAUUCCAGCCACUCAGAAGUCUCCCCUCCCCAGUUCCACGUGUUUAACAAAGAUUCAAUUAGAACGAAAGGUUUCCUCGAAAAGCGCUGCUAAAUUAUGCAGCCGUGAUGCAUUCAGUGCACCUGGGAAAAUGUGACACUGGGACGUUGCUUCAUGUAUUAAACAGUACAGGUUUUAUAAAACAAAUUCUUUGUUUGGGCUGAUUUCAGGGCAGUAGCUGCUAAGUUUGUUGAAGCAGAAAUAAUUUGCAGAUUUGUCAGGGGUGCAACCACCAGGGAUCCAGAGGGGGCCAACGGCCCCUUGAUAAAUUUGUGAGACUCCCCUUCCCUCUGUCCUUCAUGGCCAAAAGGUCUUAAAUGAGUAAUCUGUCUGUUAGCUAAAUAUCUCAAACUUUCAGAAAGUAAAAUUUUAAUGCUCAACUGAUUUUUGGCAUUGACGAGAGCCACCAAUAGGCACCACAUCUAAUUAUAGUUAACAGAAAAGUGGCUAAACUGUCAAUUUUACAGAGCUAAAAUUAGGUGUGGUGGUAGCUGAGCGUGAUCCCCAGAGUAUUCUCCGAGUGCCAACAGAUCACACAAGGUCUGUUCAAUAUGAUGGUGUGCAAAGCGGCCGGCGAUUUGCAUUUUUUCAAAGACACUUGUUUAAGUUAUACAUUUGAAUAGACCAAAAAAAGAGCCCCCAUGUAAUAACAUUCUGGAGGAGAUUUUUAAACAACCGUUUCAAGACAAACACUAACUCACGUUUACAUUUAUCUCCAUCGUUUCCCUAGAAAACUCCGGCUUUGGGCCGACAUCUGGAUCCGUCUUGGAUUUGGACUUUUCUUUUGACACGGUGCCCUUAGAUAACUUGUCGGUAAUUUGCGCUGUUUGAUUAAACAGUCUCGAAAAAGAGUCGAUGCUUGUUGGAUAAAAAAAAUCUAGCACCAAUUUUCUAUAUAGAUCACCCAGGAAGUCCUGUAGAAACCGUAAACGGGUUCAGUUUAAAUACACUUUCAGGUCCAUUUCUAGUUUUGAUUUGGACCGUCAUUCCUUUUCAGUGCAUUCCAGUUUAUUCCAAAGAGUCAAGUUAAGCUCAUUUAAAAACGACUGCAUUAGCUGUUCAAUAAAGUAGCAAAG